AUGAAUACUACUACUACUAUUACUACUACUAGUACUACUACUACUACUACUACCACUACGAAUCCAUUUAUAUGGAAUCAAUUAAUGCAUUACAUCACAAAUCAUAAACAACAACAAACCAUCAAUAAUGAUCAUAUGGAUACAAAUAUACUUAAUCAUUCUUAUUAUCCAUCUAUGAAUUCAAUAGGAAUUAUAUCAAAAGAUUCAUUAUCAUCAAUUGAUUAUGAUUAUGUAAAUAAUAAAGAACAAAUGAAUACUGCAACUAUGAUGACAAUGAUUAUGAAUUCAGACUUGAUGAUGUCAAUGUCUAAUACAAAACAAAAUACUGUGAAUAAUAAUCAUAAUAAUAAUCAACUAGUAACUUCACUUGCAUCAUCACCAAUCACAACGAAUACAACAUCUUCAUCAUUGUCACCAACGACUUCAGUUUAUCAUCAUCAUCAGUAUUAUCAUCAAACAUCUCCAUCUUCUUCACCUCUUUCUCCUCUUCCAUCACUUCAUCAUCAACAUCGUUAUCAUCAUAAUCAUAAUCAUUUACAUGUUAAACGUCCAAUGAAUGCAUUUAUGGUAUGGUCACGUGGUCAACGACGUAAAAUGGCUCAAGCUAAUCCAAAAAUGCAUAAUUCUGAAAUAAGUAAACGAUUAGGUAUUGAAUGGAAAUUAUUAACAGAUAAUGAAAAACGUCCAUUUAUUGAUGAAGCUAAACGUUUAAGAGUGAAUCAUAUGAAAGCAUAUCCAGAUUAUAAAUAUAGACCAAGAAGAAAACUAAAACAUUCAAGAAAACAAGAAAAAUUUACACAAUCACAACCAUCACUACUACCACCACCACCACCACCUAUUCAAGGUAAGUAA